CUUAAUAAAAUUGGAUGAUCACACAUAAAGAACAUGUUUUGGUGUUGAGUUUGGAUAAACUAGCACCCGAACCGAAGUUGACCCAUCAGGCUGGUUGCCAAAAUAGGCCCCAACCUUUCUCUUCCGAUUCAACACAAAAAAAUCAGAAUCGGUCUGAAACUCAGCCAUUGACAGUCAUCAUGUUAAGCCCUUGUCUAUCUUCGCCGGCGGGAGGAGUUCACAGUCAAAACCCACUGUGCUCUCACCAUUUCCAAUCCCUUUCUCGCUCCUCCAUUUCAACACUUCUCAAAUCAAACCCUAAGUCGUCUCCUCCCUCCGCCACCCAUAAGCCAUUGCAGAAGAGAAAGCUUUCCUUGGUCUGCUGCCACUCCGAGCUCCCUGAACAACAACAAUGGACUUCUUUCUCUAAUUCCCCUUCCUCUUCUGUACAACCAGGAAGAUUACCGCCUAAGGUUUUUGUUGGAUACUCAAUUUAUAAAGGGAAGGCUGCUCUUAGUGUGUCACCUCAACCUCCAGAGUACUCACGGUUGGACUCAGGGGCAUUCAAACUCUCAAAAGAUGGUUUUGUGUCACUUCAGUUUGCUCCUGCAUCUGGCGUUCGUCAAUACGAUUGGGGAAAAAAGCAGCUGUUCUCUUUGUCAGUUACCGAGUUAGGGUCGUUGAUUAGUCUUGGGCCAAAAGAUUCGUGCGAUUUUUUUCAUGACCCUAACAAAGGAAGAAGUGAUGAAGGAAAAGUCAGGAAACUGUUGAAGAUUGAACCCCUACCUGAUGGAUCUGGCCACUUCUUCAACCUCAGCGUGCAAAACAAGCUUAGUAAUACUGAUGAGAGCAUCUACAUACCCGUCACGAGGGCUGAAUUCACAGUUCUUGUCUCGGCUUUCAAUUUCAUUUUGCCAUACCUCUUAGGUUGGCACACCUGCUUAGGCUCGUUCGCUCCAGAAGAGGCAAGCCGUGUAAAUAGUGCUAAUCCCAAUUCAGAUGCUGCUUUUGAAUGGCAAAGAUAGUUCAUAAACGGUACAUUCUCAUUUGGUGUUGGACAGACUCUUUAUCAUUAAUGUCUCUCUUUUGGUCAUUCUGUAUUUUCUGGAUGUGGCGCUUUCCUUGGUCUAUCAUUUUGAACUUAAUAGCCAUGGCAUCGUGUCUCUAGAAUUUAAGAGUGGGUAUACUUUAUACUACACUGGUUUCCUUCUUAAUUUUGUUCUUAUGGUUUCAACCU